AUGCGGAAAGAUCAUCAUUAUCAACAGUUUCAAGAUGAAUUAGAUUUGGCUGGUAUUGAGUUUCCUGUUACUGUUGACAAGAUUGAAAAAUUUGAGCGUCAGAACAAUAUUUCUGUGAACGUGCUUGGCUUUGAGGAUGUACUCUUUCCCAUCUACAUCACAAAGGAACACUUUGAUACCCACGUAAACCUAUUACUAUACUCCCAGGGAACAACUAGACAUUACUGCCGCAUCAAAGAUCUGAAUAAAUUACUCUACAGCCAAAACCGGAAAAAGGCUCGUAUGUAUUACUGUCGUUACUGUCUUCAUGGAUUUAUCCGAGACGAUCUCCUCCAAGAACACGAACCCCAUUGCUCUCAACACGGUCCACAACGUAUUGAACUCCCGAAUGAAGAUAAUGCUCAACUGUCCUUUAAAGACUACCACAAGCAGUUGAAAGUGCCCUUUGCAAUCUACGCCGACUUCGAAAGUUUUACCACCAAGAUCAACUUAGUUAAACAAAAUCCUGAAAAAUCCUUCACUGAAAAAUACCAACACCACCAACCUUGUGGAUUUUCCUACAUUGUUUGUUUAGAAGAAGAGCAGAAAUAUAUUCAAGAGAAACUGGAUUGGGUCGAACCCAUGCGAAUUGAGAGAGAAGAAGAGCAAGCGUUUCAAGAUGCAGUCCAUUGUCAUAUUUGUGGAUAUGAAUUGGGUUCUGAUCGUGUUCGCGACCACUGUCAUCUUUCAGGAAAGUACCGUGGGGCUGCACACAACGAUUGCAAUUUGAACUAUAGUUUUACCGGCCGAAUUCCUGUUAUUCUUCACAAUCUACGUGGGUAUGAUUCUCAUCUCAUCAUGCAAGGACUCGGUAAACUCAAAGAGAAGAAGAUCAACUGCAUUCCAAACAACACCGAAAAGUACAUCUCCUUCUCCAUCGAUAAUUUGGAUUAUAUCGACUCCCUACAAUUCAUGAAUGCAUCGUUGGAGAAGUUAGUAUCCAAUCUAGCAAAGGACGGCGUUGAAAAGUUCCCCAUUCUCAAGAAAUACAUCGACAGCGACAAAAUAUCCCUUCUGCUAAGAAAAGGUGUCUACCCCUACGACUACAUGGACUGCAUAGAGAGAUUUGAAAACCAAUCUUACCACCGAAGGAAUCCUUCUACAAUGUGUUGA